AUGAAUCUCAUCUUCUUCAUAAUUUUUUUCAUGUUCUAUUUCUGUUUGCCAAAUUCCUGCCUUACUUCUGCCAAUUCUUCAGUAGACCGUCUCGCCCUCUUAGCAGUCAAAUCUCAAAUUACUAAUGACCCUCAAGGUGUUCUGAACUCUUGGAACAGCACCAUUUCCGUGUGUCAAUGGCUCGGUGUAACUUGUGAUGCAACACCUUCACAACGAGUCAUUGGCUUACGACUUGUCUCCUACGGUUUAGUAGGAACCUUAUCACCUUCUGUUGGAAACCUGAGUUUCCUUCAGAAUCUGAGUCUGUCUAAUAAUACUUUCCAAGGUCAUAUACCACCUCAAAUUGGUCAUCUUCUUAGUCUAAGGUCUCUAAAUUUACAGAGGAACUCCUUUGAAGGAGAAGUUCCAGCCAAUAUAUCUCAAUGCUCGAAACUAGAGAGACUUAGUCUUGGAGGAAACCGUCUAACAGGAAGCAUUCCUCGUGAACUUGGCCGUCUGUCAAACUUGAAUUACUUGUUACUGCAAGAAAAUCGAUUCACAGGGGACCUCCUUAAUACAGUUGUAACGAACAUGACUUCGUUAAGCUAUUUGUCUGCAGCUGUCAAUUCUUUUGAAGGAAGCAUCCCUGACAACAUUGGAAGUGUUUUAACAAAUUUAGUUUACAUCAGUCUUGCACAAAAUGAGAUUUCAGGUACUAUUCCUUCGUCGUUUUACAACCUUUCAUCUCUCUUUGUUGUUGAUUUGGACCUUAAUAGACUAGAAGGGACUCUUCCAUUCGAUAUUGGGUUUCGACUUCCUCAGCUUACAAACUUUAAAAUAAGUGGAAACUUUUUCCAUGGAACUCUUCCUCUGUCUCUUUCUAACCUUACUCAGCUUCAAGUUCUAGCACUUUAUUCUAACAAUUUCACAGGAAAAUUCAUGUUUAGUGCUCGAGACAUGCCCGAUCUUAGAUUCCUAGAGAUCACCAUGAACUAUCUGGGGAUGGGAGAACCUGAUGAUCUGAGUUUUGUACAAACUCUUGUUAACUGUAGUCAGUUAAGUGUGUUAGAAUGUGGUUCUAACAGAUUUGGUGGGAGUCUGCCGCGCUUUCUUGGUAAUCUGUCAACAGAAAUUACUGGGAUUGAUUUCAACAAAACAAAAUAA